UAUUGUUUCAAAAAUUUAAAUAUUAUUUUCCCAUUUAGGAGAAUGAAAGAAUCGGAGAAUAUUUCUUUGGAUAUUACGCCACCAGACAAUAGGUUAAAGUGCAAUCGUUGUUCAAGAACAUUUUCCAAUGCUUUCCAUCUUAAUCAACAUUUGAGAAUUCAUUUAGGAGUCAAACCCUAUCGUUGCCUCAUAUGCUCAAAAAGGUUUACACAAAUGUCUCAUCUAACCCAACACACAAGGGUUCACACGGGUGAUAGACCCUAUAUUUGCAAAUUCGCCACCUGUAAAAAGAGAUUCUCUCAAGUGACCAGUCUUUUAUUCCAUUCUAAGUGUCAUCAAACAGAUUUACCCUACAAAUGCAACAGUUGUUACAAAUGUUUUUCGGGGGAAAACAAGUUAAAAGAACAUAUAUAUUCUCAUUUUUAUUCUAAGCAUUUGAGGAUUUACAUAUGUACAGAAUGCGGAAUGUCCUAUUCCGAAAUCUCGAAACUCAAGGAGCACAUGCUUAAAAAUUCGUGUCGACCAAAAUUGUUAAACAAUAAAAAAAAUGUUAAUAAAUAUAUUCGUAUACCGAAAAAUAACAAAUCUAACGUGCAUAAUUUAUCCCUUUCUUCGUCAUCAAAAUCCGACGGAGUAAAUAAAACUAAAAUUAGCCCUAAAUCGCAAUAUAAAAUUGCGACAUUUCCUGUACAAAGUUAUGAAGGAACGCAUAUUAACAAUUUAAAUACUAAUCCCAUUAACCAAGCCGAAUUAAACUACCAAGCUUUAUGUUUCAAAUACGAAUGGGGAAAUUUUAAGUUUCUGAACAACACUUUCAAUGUUAACAAAUCAGAAACAGCUAGUAUUAUUGAUGAUGUAUUAAAAACGCAGGAGAUGAGACCUAGUGUGAUAAAAAUAGUCAAAGGAGACGUUAAUCCCUUUAUCUGGACUAGAGCCGAAGGUAAUUCGUUUAGGGAUCACGAAAAUUCAUUAAAUAUCGUUCAAACUACAUUUAAACAAAAUAUAACCAGAGAAUCUAUAAUAAAAAAAUGUACCCUUUAA